GAACAAGUGACCGCAAGUCUAGCUGAAUAUGCCUUCCCGCAGCAAGCUGUGGCUCGACCUGGGACGUACGUGCAACUUGAGCCUCGGAAACUUGGGAAUGGUAGGAGGGCCUUCUCAUCAGCAUAAGAGGUGUCGCUUUGCUGGACCUGGCUGAUAUAUAUGGAACAAGCAUCGCCAGCAUAUCCUACCUUAUCACCACUUGCGGCGUGGGCAUUCUCAUCGGCUCUCUACUUGGAGGCAAGCUACACGACACGUACAACACGCAGUUGGUCUCAAUCGUGGCAAUGGCAGCGACCUGCGUCACAGCGACCAUGAUUCCACUCAGUGGCAUCCUAGCACUGGCACACGUUACCAUGUUUCUCUGUGGACUGAGCGUGGCUGCGUUUGCGACUGGUGCGAACGUCUGGAUCAUCAGGAUGUGGACAGAUAACAGCAGCCCGGCUCUGCAACUCUACCACUUCGCCUUCGGUAUCGGCGGUCUCCUGGGUCCGUUCAUCGCGCGACCAUUCCUGUCCAACAGCGACGAUGGCAAUGCGACCGCACCGAACACUACCGACAACGCAUACCUGACCCAGAACAGCAUCGCUUACCCGCCCGUCGACCUGGUAGAUCUGGCCAACAGCUCCGCCGCUCAAAAUGGCACGGGCGAGUCGAGCGUUUACUACGCAUUCGGCAUCGUCGGUGCAUUUUAUUUGGUUCUGACUGUUUCUAUGAUCGUGCUUUACAUUAUAGACACUGCGGACUUCAAACCUGCAGUACCUGAAGGCGAGGGCUUCGCGCCAGAUGAAGAACCGCGUAGCCCUGCCCACUUUACCCGAAUCAUUCUGGCAACAAUGUGCGUCUACAUAGGUAUCUACGUAGCACUCGAGUGUACCACAUCCCAGAUGGUGGCCUCGUUUGCAGUCAAGAGCCAGCUCCACUUCUCGAAGUCGUUGGCUUCUCGCGUCGAAUCCAUGUUCUUCUUCUCCUUCGCCGCCAGCCGCCUCACUGUGAGCCUGAUUACACUCAAACUUUCCGCCUUCUGGAUCCUAGUUUCAGCGCACGUCAUUCUCCUACCCACGGCCGUAACGCUCGCGCUACUGGGUUCCAGCAGGCCCACGGUGCUCUGGCUCACCAGCGCUCUCUUUGGUGUCGGACAAGGACUGAUCUACGCCGCUUUGAUAUCCUGGACGUCCGGGCACAUCAAUCUAAACAACAAGAUGAUGUCUAUAGCUGCUGUCACCGAAGGCAUCGGAUCAAUGACAGCGCCGGUUAUUGUAGGCCAAUUUCUGGACAGUGACCCUAACGUGUUCCUUUAUGUCUGUCUAACGACUGUUGCGUUGUGUGCGGUUACUUUCGCUUCUAUGUACAUCUACUUAAGAAGAACGCGACGCCGAAGCGAUGACAAAGAACUGCUAGUAAACGAAGCUGACAGCGACCAUAAUGACAGGUUUCAAUAGCCUUUGGAGGUGCGUUAUCAACAUGUGUUGUCAUACUGCGACUUUAAGUGAACAACGAGUCAACCCUAAUUAUCGCAUCGAAUGGGCAGGGCAGUCUUCAAACGACAAUAUAUGACAGCCUUGUAAUGUCCGUUGCAAGCUAUUAAGCGGAUAUUUUAACAGAAAGGGACGCAAACAUUCCGGAAAUACCGCAAGCCUAGAAGUCCCUGCAACCAUUUAUAGACUUUCAUUCACGUAUGCUCGCCCCUAGUGCUCUUCAUUUCCCCAUCUGUGUUUUUAUCCCUAUAUCCCCUUUGCUCUGUGUAGGGUAGCAAACUGUAAGUUCGUCUAGUUAAACUACCCAUCUUUCCUUUCUUUAUCCAUCUGUCUCUUGCUCUUUAGCGCCAAUACAGCGUUUGUGUAAAUAAAAUAUAAAUAAAAGCGUUGCUAGUGUGAGAAGGGAAGAUCUUCGUGCAAUAACUACAUUUGCACUCCGGCCUUAUUUUCUUUCCAGUCCAAGAUGAUCUUGUCAGAGCUGGCUGUAAUGCUGCGGUAGUAAGUAAAGGUAUACAAUCUAAAUAGUCUAAUAAAUCUUAGCCUUUCAGAAUAAUAAGCAGUGUUGCGCAAAACAUCCUCAUUUUUCACGCCUCCCGCUCAACCUUUUUGGAGCGCGUCGCUCUAACUGCCGUGAAAUUGCUAUGUGCUCAUCAAAAAGUAACGAUACACGCACAAGCCCUCUCCAUCUCACCAAACAACCAGUAUUCAUAGAUUGCGGAUACGUUCCGGUUUUGUCAUUAAAAAAUGUGUUGUAAUAGAAACAACGGAUCGUAUGUUCUUAUACGCUCGAAAAGUAAAUUCCUUGCUCAAAGCAGCGUCUUGCGUUGCCAUUUUCAUUUCACUUUUUCCUAGCUUCGAAUUGAAUUUGUGUGCUUUUUGAUCACAAGCCAUGGAUGCUGUACUACUGCUUUAGUCCAGCCUGAGCGAAGUUAUAAGCUGAAUUUGACAUCUUCCAUCAUAAAUGAAUAUGUGCCUAAGUUUGCCAGGUUAAGGUUUUACCAAUAUAGCGUGCACGACUUAUGGUAAACCUUUAUCGUACCGCGUACCAGAAUGUGCGACGAGUUUCUAUCAGGAUGUAUAAUCUUUCAGUGCAUUCUAAGUAAUGCUUCGAACAUUGGCAGUUGAGAUAAACUGGCUUUUUUUGCCGAUACCUUCUUUACUGAAUUUUGCAAUAUUCAGCUACAGGAUGCUUAUCUGAAAUGUACUCAGAAAUUUAAUUAUGAAAGUAAGAGCAUAUGUGUUAAAUGAAGAAUUGAGGCCGGCAAGUGUUUAAGGUGGCUGCGCGCAUACGGCCGGGUGUGUGAUGAGACCCAUUCUAUCCUGGCUAGCGAGGAGGCGAGAGGGUCAGUAAAAGCAGGGAGGUUGACUACAAUUUGUUUAUGUGGCCACCAGAAAGAGACACAAUAGCAGAAAACGAGCUAAUGCGAGCGAGGUCGUUGAUACCGAAGGGCAUGCGCACAUAUGUUGAAGCUCUGACUCGACGCUUGCAGGAUUUUUGUAUUUUCAGCAGGUGAAUGCGUCCCUUGCCGCCAGUUGAAACAUUGGUAUUGAUGCUUUGUGUACUCCUCUAUCAUUUCAUACGGUCUGCCUCAAUUAAAGAAAGAGGAAAACUAACGCUUUCUGUGCUGUCGAUCAUGUGAUAUACUGCUGCACAUUCGGGCUAGUCUGCUUAAGGUUACCAAAUGUUUGUUCUUGUUUUAGCUGACUACCUCCUACGGCUGCAAAUUUUCUUAUUUCAUCAUGCCAUCUCAUCUUCGGCUGUAAUCGGGUGUGCUUGCCUUCCCUUGGCACACAUUCUCUUAUCUCAGAAGACCACAUGUUGCCAGCUUUUCCGAUUAAAAGGUCUGCCCUACUUUAUUUACUCCCUUUAAAUGGCCCUUCACCAGGGCUGGACAUUUUGGGCUGACAAGCGCCGUGCCUACAAUGCGCGCUAACGAUCGUAUCUGCUAAGUAUUACGUCGCUACGCGCCGCGGAAAGAGCUGAAAUUUCAAACCGAACGCCGUUUGCCCUUCUCUCGGGCGCCGUGCUCCCAGCUGGAGAGUCAACGCAUAUCGCACAAGCGGGCGUACGUACAUCGCACUGCUGUGACGUCGCUCGUAGUGAGACGUGAUUUCGCGAAUUAUGCAAGGCAACAUCUGUUAUUUGUGUAAUCUGUCGCUUCAGUAGACGAA